AUGAGCAGAGCCGCACUAGAGGGUGGAAGUGGAAAGAGUUUAAUCUCGCACGGCACAAGCAAGCUAUUGUGGAAAGAGUCGAAUUCUCGAAGACUCAAGAGCCUCUUUGGAAGAGGUGAAUCAGGAACCAUCUUAUCCAUCACAAUUCCUGCUUUGUACAACAAGUAUGAGGAGCAUGUCAAUAAAUAUUACGGUAUGAUUCAUAGGAAAUUUUCUCAGCACUAUAAAAUACAAAGAGUGAGAACUGAUGAGGGAUUAUUUCUGGUCCAAACAAUAGUGCACAAUAGUGCCCUUGCCCUUGCCCUUGCCACCGCCGCCCUAAUCCACCUUGCCCGCCACUUCUGUCAGCCCAAACUCAACCUACCACCAGGCCCAAAACCAUGGCCCAUAGUGGGUAAUCUCAAUCUCAUAGGCUCACUCCCACACCGGUCCAUCCACGGCCUCACCCAAAAAUACGGGCCCAUUAUGCAACUUAAGUUCGGGUCAAACCCGGUAGUUGUCGGGUCCUCUGUCGAAAUAGCCAAAACUUUCCUCAAAACCCAAGAUGCUGUGAUCUCCGACCGUCCCAAAAUGGCCGCCGGAAAAUACACCACCUACAAUUACCAAGACAUUACUUGGUCCCAAUACGGGCCGUAUUGGCGCCAGGCCCGUAAGAUGUGCCUAAUGGAGCUCUUCAGCGCAAAACGCCUCGAGUCAUACGAGUACAUAAGAAUUGAAGAAAUGAAAGAGCUUAUUAGAAACUUGUACAAGGCUUGCGGUGAACAAGUUCAAUUGAAAGACCAUCUUUCGACUGUCAGUCUUAACGUGAUUUCUCGGAUGGUUUUGGGGAAGAGGUACGCGGACAAAUCGUUGAAAAACGAGAUUGUGAUGCCAGAGGAGUUCAAAGAAAUGAUCGACGAGCUUUUCUUGCUUAAUGGGGUGUUGGAUAUCGGUGACUCGAUUCCUUGGCUUCGUUUCCUGGAUAUACAAGGCAAUAUUAAGAGAAUGAAGGUCUUAAGCAAGAAAUUCGACAGGUUUCUGGAGCAUGUGAUUGAUGAGCACGAGAAGAAUAGGAAGGAAAACAGAGAUUUUGUGGCAAAAGAUAUGGUGGAUGUUCUGCUUCAAUUUGCCAACGAUCCAAAUCUUGAAGUCAAGAUUGGAAGAGUUAGCGUCAAGGCAUUUUCACUGGACCUAAUCGCUGGCGGAACAGAGAGUUCAGCAGUGACAGUUGAAUGGGCAAUUUCAGAGCUUCUCAAGAAGCCCGAGAUCAUCGACAAGGCAACAGAGGAGCUAGACAGAGUAAUUGGAAGAGAAAGAUGGGUUGAAGAGAAGGACAUUGUGAAACUCCCAUUUAUAGAUGCAAUUGUGAAGGAAACAAUGAGGUUGCACCCUGUAGCACCAAUGUUGGUGCCUAGACUUGCUCGUGAAGACCUAAAAGUUGGUGGGUAUGACAUCCCCAAGAACACAAGAGUGCUAGUGAGUAUGUGGACUAUAGGGAGAGAUCCUGCUUUAUGGGGGGACCCAAAUGAAUUUAACCCAGAGAGAUUUAUUGGGAAGGCAAUAGAUGUCAAAGGAACUGACUUUGAACUUCUACCAUUUGGUGCUGGAAGAAGAAUGUGCCCUGCAUAUAGUCUUGGACUUAAAGUGAUUCAAUCAAGUUUGGCUAAUUUGUUACAUGGGUUUAACUGGGGAUUGCCUAACAACAUGAAGAAAGAGGAGUUGGAAAUGGAGGAAAUAUUUGGACUUUCAACCCCCAAAAAAUUUCCACUUGUUGCUGUUGCUGAGCCUCGGUUGCCUGCACAUCUUUACUCUCUUUGAAUCAAUUAGGUCUUGGUUUUUUUCUUCUUUUUUGGUUUUGUUUUGUGUCUUUCCAUAGUUUGUGUGCGGAUUGAAGUUUGGCGUGUAAUAGUGAUGGAUUGAUGUGCUUGUACACUUCUCUUUGUACUUUUUUAUGGUGAUGGAAUGUCUGUAAUCCCAAUCAGUAGGGCUAGUUUUGUUAAAGAUUGAACAAAAGUUUUCCUCUAA